AUGGCAGAUAUAUUCUCAGUUGAGAUCGAGCCCAAGGUGGGGAAGGCAGAUCUGUUGAUGGGCGCAGAGUCCUGCUAUGAAGAUGAUCGCCCGGAUGGUUUAAUUGACCCGAUCGAAAAAUGGAUCCACGAGCAGCGACUGAAGUUCGGUGAGGUGUUUAAGAACGCGAAGGCUGUUGUUGCCACUGCUGUCUUGGAACUGUUUGAGCAAUAUCACGGGCAAGAAGGCGCCAACGCCAGCAAGGAUCUCCUACUGGCGGGCGGGCCAAAGUCCAAGUUUUCGCGGAUUGCCAUCAUUGGAGGGGGUCCCGCCGGCGUACAUAUGGCCUACACCCUGUCGCAGGCCGGCUUCAAGAAUCUGACAAUAUUCGAGAAGACGGAUCGUGUGGGCGGCAAGAGUUGCUCAUUCACACAGGAGGACGGCAUGGUGCAGGAGAUGGGCACAUGCUAUUUAAGUCCGGACUAUGCCGAGAUCAAGCAGCUCUUAGCCAAGUAUGAGUGUGACGAUCAGGCGAGAGUGAUUGGGCGCACGGUCUGGGAUGCGGACAAGCCUGCGCCGCAGGGUGUCGAUUUCCAGCAGUGGCUCAAUGCGGAGAUCGCCAAGGCCUGCAAAAGCAAUCACUUAGUGGCGCUCCGGCUGCUCCAGGAGUGCGUUCAUUACAUUCGCAACCACCAUCGCCUGUUCGGACGCUAUGAAGGGUUUCUGAUGGCCGAGCCAUCGGCAGAGACACUCAAGGAGCUGAACUGUUCCAUAGACGACUACCUAACCGAGAUCGACUGCAACUCUCUGAAGCCAAUCUUCAAGCUGGCGUACACCAUGCAAGGUUACGGCUAUAUUGAGCACACGCCGGCGCUGUACGGCCUGCUCUGGGUCACUCCCAAGCUGCUUGUUGGCCUUGUUGAGCAGCUCAAGGUGCGCUCACAGCUGCCAGAUAAGCACUGCGAGGCGGGUACGCACGAGCGCAGCAUCACCAUCCUCAAGGCAGGCUGGGGCAAGCUAUGGGAAAGCAUUGUCAGGGACGAGUCGCUUGGCAUCGAGUGUCGCAUGAACGUCGACAUUGCCAAACCCAUUGUCCGAGAUGAGAACGGUGUCUCCAUUACGUAUCACACUCGCCGACGAGUCCAGGAUGGAACGACAAUGACGGCCCUGGCUACGGAGGAGAAGUUUGACUUCUUGGUGGUGGCGGCGCCAAUGCAGAACAUACUGCCGCUAUUGGAUGACAAGGAGGAUGAGCAGCGAUUGUUCAGCGGCCUUCGAGCCGCUACCUUUGUCACUACUCUAUGCAACUAUUUACCACCGAAGAAAAAUACGGAGAAAGCCGUGGACAGCUGGCUGGGCAACGUGUCCAUUGAAAGACCCCCCUUCUCGGUGUGGACCUCGAGGGACUCGCACCACGUGCGUCACAAGGACGGCCAGCUGGAGCCGAUCAAGCGUCCCGAGCUGCACGCCAGCAUGGUGGUGUACCAGUACGCCGACCUGGACAGUGCGGUGGUGGACGCCGAGGCCGAGGCAUCCAGGGCGUUCAAGCAGCACUACGCCCAGCACAUACCCGGCGGCUCGCCGCUGGAGAUUGUACGUAUCGAGAAGCGCACCGUCUGGCCAUACUUCCCGCGCCACAGCCAGAGCGCGCUCUGCGACGGCAUACUGUGGCGACUGCUGAAACGACAGGGCGAGUACAGCACAUGGUACACGGGUGCGGCGACGUGUUUCGAGAGUGUCAACGCCAUCACCAACUACAAUCAGAUGCUCGUCAACGCCUGGGCAGAACAGCUUGAAGCAAGCAAAGCAGCAGCAGCAGUACCGUCCGGUCCACUGCCAGCGCGUGUAUCCAGUGUAUAG